AUGGCCAAGUACCGAACACACGCGGAGCACCUCUGGCUCGUCCUGCUGUGCGUUUUGCUGGGCGGAAUCAAAUGUGGCGACGUGGUGCUGACGAAGAGUGUCGGCUCGGUCCACAACACGCCGGGCAAGUCGGCGCUGGCCACCAACAUUGGGAAUGCCUUCGUCCGAUCGCUCACCAAUGCCAUCCCGGCGCUAAAGAGCCUGCCGAACCUAGCAGACCUGAAGACCGGCGGAGGAAUGAAGACGUUCGGCAUCCCGAUGGACCCGCAAUUGAGCGCCGCGCUGGAGGAAUUCUCGGCCCCGCUUGUCCGUUUUGCGCACGGUGGCCAGCCGCUCGAGUCGGACAUUCGUCAAAUCCUCCAAUCGAUCCCGGCCCUCAUCGUCAACGUGCCCGGGUUCGGCGAUGUCGAUGUCAAGCAGCUUGACCCCAGCGUCGUCUCUUACAUUCUUCGCGGCGGCCAGAUCCCCGGCAUCCCCAAAGAGGCCACCGACGCGCUUCUCCGUGGCUACAUGCUGAAGAUGGUGAAAGCUGCCGAGGCAGCGAGCAAAGGGACGAUCACGCCGGAGCAGCAGAAGUUUUUGCCCCCGCUGGACCAGUUGCCCGCUGAACUCGUCAACAAGGCCAUGUCGGGCAUCAACCUACCCGGGCUGAGUGGCGAACAGACGGACAUCAUCAAGCUAUACUACCUUCAACCGCGAAAGCCGCACACCGACACCAACGUCGUCCCUGCCGCCGACCUGCCGGGCGCAAACAUUGGCGCCGAGCUGUUGAAGAUUCUCCCCAAGAACUACAACAUCAGCAAGAUCCCCAUCGAAGUCAUCCAGAAGAUUGCCCAGGGCGAAAUCCCGGACUUGCGCCUGUUGCCUCUCGACCUGCAAGACCACAUCCGGGCCAACGCCGAGAAGAUCAUCACCGCGAUCGCGAGGACAAACACGAAAAACUUGACGAUCGACGAUCUGCUCGCCAAGCUGCCAACUUUCCAACGCGCCAACCUGGAGACUUUCGACGCUUACGAGCUUACCGAGAUCAAGCACGAGCUGCAGCAAGCCGAGCUUGAAGCUGAACGGGUACGCAAGGUACAGCUGUACACGUGCGUGGCGCUCUCCAUCCUCGCCGUCAUCACCUUUGUCGUGUUGGGCGGCCUGUACGUCUACAUGAAGCGUCGCAUCCCCAACCACACGUCCUACCACCCGGGCAGCCCGAACGCACUCAAGGCAACGCCCAACCAGAAGCGCCACCGCAUCCUCUCGUCAACACGAAUCGCCAAGGUCGACAAU